AUGGACAGCGCUCAGGCAUUUUCCAACUCUCCGCAGGAGGACUAUGCCAAGGCGGAGGCUGACGCAACUAAAGCCAUCGAGGCGGACGGUCGGGAUGUGAAGGCGCUGUUCCGCCGUAGUCAGGCGCUCCAGCAGCUGGGCCACCUGGACCAGGCCGUCAGCGACCUGCAGCGCUGUGUGAGCCUGGAGCCCAGGAACAAGGCCUUCCAGGAGGCCCUGCGCACCCUGGGGAGCAGCAUGCACGAGAAGAUGAAGACCAUGUCCUGCACGGACUCAAAGGUAGAGCAGAUGUUCCAGAUCUUGCUGGAUCCCGAGGAAAAGGAUGCGGACAAGAAGCAGAAGGCUGCACAGAACCUGAUUGUGCUGGCACGAGAGGAGGCUGGAGCAGAGAAAAUCUUCCAGAGUGAUGGUGUGCGGCUGCUGACGCAGCUGCUGGACACAGCCAAGGCUAACCUGAUGCUGGCGGCUCUGCGCACGCUGGUGGGACUGUGCUCUGGCCACCGCUCCAGGACCAUGGCCAUCCUGGUGGACCUGGGGGCUCCCCGUCUCUCGGCAGUGCUGGGUGUGGAGCAUGAGCAGGUGUCCCUGGCUGCCUGCAACCUGCUGCACGUGAUGUUCGAUUCCCUGAAGGAGGGGCUGCAGAAGGACUUUCGCGGGAAGGAGGAUGCAGUGGUGCUGGAUUCCUCCAGGGACCUGAAACUGCUGAUCAAGCACCUCCUGGAGCUGCUGGUGCUGGAAGGGGCCUCAGCACAUGGCCGUGACAAUGCCCUCAACUUGCUCAUCAAGGUAGUGCCCAGGAAGUCACCAAAAGAGACCAACAACACCAUGAGCCUCUGGGUGAUCGACCAGGGCCUGAAGAAGAUCCUGGAGGUGGGCAGCACGGUGUGUGGCAGCCCAGGUAGCCUGUCCGUGACGGAGAACAGCCGGAUGAGUGCCUCUGUCCUGCUGAGCAAACUGUACGAGGACCUGAAGUGUGAUGCUGAGAGGGAAAACUUCCACCACCUGUGCGAGGACUAUGUGAGGAGCUGGUUUGAGGGGCACGAGCUGCUGGGGAAGCUGCGGGCCAUCCAGACGGUGUCGUGCCUGCUGCAGGGCCCCUCGGACGCGGGGAACAGGGUGCUGGAGCUGGAGGGCAUCAUGGACAGCGUGCUGUCCCUCUGUGCCUCCGUCAGCGAGGCACACCAGCUGGUAGCAGUGGAGGCGCUGAUCCAUGCGGCUGACAAGGCCAAGCGCGCCUCUUUCAUCACGGCCCAUGGCGUCAGCCUGCUCAAGGAGAUCUACAAGCACAGCGAGAGGGACAGCAUCCGCAUCCGUGCACUUGUNGGGCUUUGCAAGCUGGGAUCUGCUGGUGGCACCGACUUCAGCAUGAAGCAGUUUGCCGAGGGCUCCACCAUGAAGCUGGCCAAGCAGUGCCGCAAGUGGCUCUGCAACGAGGCAAUCGAUGCGGGCACACGGCGCUGGGCCGUGGAGGGCCUGGCCUACCUCACCUUCGAUGCAGAUGUCAAGGAGGAGUUUGUGGAGGACAAAGCAGCGAUGCAGGCCAUGUUCCACCUGGCCAAGUCGGACGACAGGAGUGUGCUCUACGCUGUUGCCUCCACACUGGUGAACUGCACCAACAGCUAUGACCAUGAGGAGCCGGACCCACAAAUGCUGGAGCUGGCCAAGUAUGCCAAGCAGCACAUCCCGGAGCAGCACCCCAAGGACAAGCCAGAGUUCGUGAAGCGGCGUGUGCGGAAGCUGCUGACGGCCGGCGUGGUGUCGGCUCUGGCCUGCAUGGUGAAAAGUGACAACCCAGCGCUCACCAACUCCUGCCGAGAGCUGAUCUCCAGAGUGUUCCUGGCACUGGUGGAGGAGGCAGAGGAACGAGGUAGCGUGGUUGCGCAGGGAGGAGGCAAGGCUCUGAUCCCUCUGUCCCUGGAGGGCACCGAGGUGGGGCAGACCAAGGCAGCACAGGCCCUGGCAAAGAUCACCAUCACCUCCAACCCAGAGAUGGUGUUCCCUGGGGAGCGAAUCUACGAGGUGGUACGGCCCCUGGUCAGCCUCCUGCAUCUGCAGCGCACAAGCCUGGAGAACUUUGAGGGGCUGAUGGCCUUAACCAACCUGGCUGGCAUCAGUGAGAGGCUGCGGCAGAAAAUCCUGAAGGAGCGAGCUGUGCCCAUGAUCGAGGGAUACAUGUUUGAGGAGCACGAGCUGAUCCGGCUGGCUGCGACCGAGUGCAUGUGCAACAUGGCCAUGAGCAAGGAGGUACAGGAGCUGUUCCUGACUGAGAGCAGCGACCGGCUGAAGCUGAUGGUCCUGUACAGUGGGGAGGAAGAUGAGAAGCUGCGGCGGGCGGCCUCAGGGACCCUGGCCAUACUGACCGCCCUGCAUCCCCCCAUCUGCAAGCGGAUCCCCGAGGUG